AUGGUGGACAAGAAAAACGUGUUAUUGUUAAUCGCAGACGACUUGGGAAAACAACUGAGCAGCUAUGGGGCAAAAGUGGUUCAGACACCAAACAUCGACCAGCUGGCUUCCCAGGGCACCAGGUUCGACUAUGCAUUUGCCAGUACCGCGUCCUGCAGUGGCAGUCGCUCUGUUAUUUACACCGGUCUACACACUCACCAGAAUGGACAAUACGGGCUCGCAAGCCAUCGCCACCAUUUUGUGACAUUCGAUCAUAUCGAAACUGCCCCUCAUCUGCUCAAUCAAAUCGGAUAUCGUACAGGGAUAUUAGGCAAGAUACACGUGGGGCCCACGGCUGUGUAUCCGUGGGAAGAAAGACAGGAAAGCACAACGCGCGACGUUGCAGUGAUUGCUGAUCAAGCAAAUACUUUCUUUCAAGAGUCAAAGACCGAGACAAGGCCGUUUUUUCUUACUGUUGGAUUCCAUGAUCCGCAUAGAGAUAAUACGAGAGGCGGCUUCGGAAAUGACCAGGAAUAUGACAGCCGCAUUACCAAGGCUAAUUACAAGGCUGAGGAUGUCGAAGUUCCUGGGUUCAUUAGCGACACUCCUGGGGCACGGUCGGAGCUGGCCGAAUACUAUAACUCUAUUCACCGACUUGAUCAAGGUGUCGGGUUUAUUCUAAAAGCCCUUGAAGACUCUGGCCAGGCUGACUCGACACUGGUUAUAUUCAUCAGCGACAAUGGCCCGCCCUUUAUCAAUUCCAAAACAACCCUAUACGAUGCGGGAGUACGACUACCUUUGAUUAUCAGACAUCCUCAUACGCAGAGAGCUGUUAGCCCAAACCUCAUCUCAUACGUCGAUAUUUUGCCUACCGUCCUUGACUACGCAGGUCAUUCCGGCAUAGUCGACCAGAAUAAACAGCGACUGGGUCGCUCUCUUAUCCCCCUUCUUGGCAGUGAUUCGACUUUGUCAGACUGGAACCAGGUCUUUGGAUCACAUACUUUCCAUGAGGUGACCAACUACUGGCCUACCCGAUUUGUUAGAAACCGCCGGUACAAGUACCAUCGCAAUCUCGCAUGGCGGUUAGACUUUCCGUUCGCAGCUGAUCUUUACGGCUCGUUUUCUUGGGAGGACAUUCGUAAUAUUGACUCGUCCAAGGGUGACACACUUAUCGGUGGUCGAAAACUAAGGGAUUAUUUCUUCCGUCCUCCAGAGGAGCUGUAUGACCUAGAGAACGAUCCCAAUGAAAUACACAAUUUGGUAAAGGAACCCGAGCACAUCGCGGUUCUUGAAAAUCUCAGGGGAAAAUUAGAGGAAUGGCAGCUUCGGACGGAGGAUCCUUGGCUAUAUCGUGACGGCGUUUCUGUCUGGUUCGUUCGAAACCAUUUAAAGGCAGGUCUAAAUCUUCCAGAUCGAUUCGAUUUUGAUGCAGAGAGCCCGGGCAAUAAAAGUGAGAAAGGAUUCCCGAACGAUGUAUCUUGGGGUGCUGAGGUGGAUUGGAAGCAUUCGUGA